UAUCUAAUUCUUAUUCUAAACCUAACCCUAAACCUAGCAGUAAACCUUUUAUUUUGAUCCUACUAAACCUAAUCCUAAACUAUAAUAUAGUGCUCCAAACGAUAUAUAGUUCAGUGACAUUUUUUUCUGUACUUCCUCUCCAGAACAUCAUAACAAUAUGGCGUUGCCUCUAUUACAGCAAUAAUAAGGAACCGUAAAAACUAAAUAUUUUUUUUUCGGCUUAAUAUUAAUUUGCGAUGGUACAGCUUUGGAGGGUAGGUUUAUGAGCCUAUGGUCUACGGUAGGACCACAGAAAGAACCGGAUUAGGCGUGGGCGGCAUAAUAUCGCCUAUUACCUAUAAUUAUAUCAAGCUCUGAUCUAGAUCUAUAUCUAAUUAGAAUCUAGUGAAAAUGGCACCCAAUAUUAUUAUCUGCUCAUCUCAUAAAAAUGAUAAACUUCGAUUUACUUCAACUUCUGUGGAUAUUCUGGAUUUACGUUGUGUGGAUGAUUUGAUGCUCUGUGUAGUUACAGAGUUGAUCCAACGAUCAAGAUCUGAAACCGUUACUCAACAAGAAAUUGACUCUGUGAAAUCUUGUUUCUAUGUUGUAUGUAAUGGUCGUAAGUUAUCAAAGACAGAUCUUGUGAAGGAUGGGAACACAUACCACAUUGUACCACGUCUGCUGGGUGGUAAAGGAGGUUUUGGAUCCAUGUUGCGAGCUAUUGGAGCUCAGAUAGAAAAAACAACAAGCAGGGAAGCGUGUCGAGAUUUAAGUGGUCGGAGAAUGAGAGAUAUCAAUAAUGAGAAGAAGUUAAAGGAAUGGCUGGCCAAAGAAGCAGAAAGAGAACAAGAGAGAGAGUCUCGCAGACAAGAGCGCUUGGCAAAGCGUUUAGCUCCACAUCGUCACAAGUUUGAUGAUAAAGAAUACCAGGAGCAGAAGCAAAAAGUUCAGGAAGACCUGGAAGAAGCUCUCAGCACAGGAUUAAAAAGAAAACUGAAAGAAACUGUAGGAGGUGCCAGUUGUUCAAAGAAAUCGAAGGAGGCAGUCUCCAGUAAAGCUGAAUGGCUUGGUGCUGAAUUGGACUCUGAUGAUUUAGACAGCUCUGAUGGUGAGGCUCAUCCAGGAAGUGUUGAAGAUUUACCUGAACAAAACACAUUUCACAGUUCUAGUAACAGAGACUCGGAGGAAAGCAUGUCAUCUUCCUGCAGCACAAACACCAAUACUGUCGGUGGCUGUGACACAUCAGCUACCACAUCCUCCCAUUACACAAAUGCCCAGAUUGUCAGUGCUGGUGACACGUCAGCUUCUGCUAACAUCUGUGAAAGGCUGGUGGACAGUGACAAAAAUAUUUCAGAGAUGGAUCCCUCUGUUGGCACUGUAGAAAAAUUAGGGCAUGAACAGUUAUCUGAGAACACUCAAGUAGCUGACAUCGAACCUGUGGAUCUGGAGUCCUUCGAUAGUGUGGAGGAAUUAUCCAAACUAGGCUUGGAGAGAUUGAAAAAUGCCUUAACUGCCAGGGGACUUAAGUGUGGUGGCAGCCUCCAGGAGAGAGCUGUUAGGCUUUAUUCUGUAAAAGGUCUAUCUCCAGAUCAGAUUGACCCAACCUUGUUUACCAACUCAAAAGGAAAAGGCAAAGGGAAAAAAUCUAAGUGAAGUUCAUGUCAAAAGAUUUUCACACUUUCAUGUAUUAUUUUUAGACUAAAUAAAUAUUUGACUUGUAUUGUUUUAGACUAAAUGAAUUAUUGACCUACUUGUGUUGUUUUAGACAAUGGGAAUAAAUUAAAAAAACAACAA